GUGACGACGCUUGGGACCGUUUACUUCCAAACAACCUAAUCCCGGGUAUACUUCCAACGCUCUGGCAUAUGACGCCGACGGUUCUAUCACAUAUUACGCAUGCGUCCGAGAUGAUAUACGAGAGUCCUACUGAUCAAUAGCUCGAUUGCUCAGACCUCCGUUGGUUCGUAGGCUCGUAUUAGGAGAGCAAUACUCAGGAUGAGUAGAUCGGGCAAGGCAGCGCAGUAUUUGGCAAGACUGGAAGAUGCAAGAUGUGAUGGUAAAUGGGAUGAUGUGCCAGAAUUAGUACGAAAAAUCCGAAAACAUGCCACCGAUAGGAUAUGCUUAACGACGACUGCCGAGACCGAAUAUGCCAUCAUCAAAGCUUCUCAGAAGCAGCGUCCCGGUUCAAGACCAGCUACCGCCGUCUCUUUGAAAGACUUAGACGUUGCACAAUUGGUACCUAGAUUACUUGGUGCGAUCGAGGCCGAGACAUCAGCUAGCGAAGAUAAAUACCAAGCCCAAGUCUGCGUUGGAUGGCUUCAUUGGACUGUCGGCGACUAUACCGAAGCCUCUGUCCGGUUACCGCAGAAUCUCGAGAACGAAUUAGGUCAAGGUGAUCAACCGAGUAGCGUUUCGGAAUGGACAAGAGUAUGUUCUAUCAAGGCUGCGUACUUGAAGGCAAAUUGUCUUGCACGGAAUAAUGAGAGGAUCGCUGCACUUGCUAUCUUCGAAUCAGCACUAGCUUCGUUAUCGUAUGUAUGGUCGGGCGAGAAGGGUCGCAAGCAGUUGCGUUUUUGGGUCGAGCUCUUUUUGACCGAAUUUUGCAUGUUGCAAUCCCAGGCUCUAGAAAAAGGCGAGAAAACUCUCGAAGAUCCUAACUCAUUGGCACCCUUCCGCUCCUGGGCAAAGUACUGGGAAGUUUCCAAGGCCCAAGGCUCUGCUCUUACUGGCGGUUAUGGUUUUCGCGGGGCCGUACCGAGAAGGAGAGUGUGGAACGAAUAUUAUGCUGCUAUAUCGGGAAUCCUUCAACAAGACUUGCCAUUUCCAACGGGAUUCGUAGAUGUCACUAACGAAGCAUCGGCUUACAAUCAGCUUCGGGCCGAGCUAAAAAAGGUUGAAAUAGCCUACGAAGGAUUGCUUCUACACGAAACCUCUUUCCCACGAGCAGAAGAGCAAAGGCAGGAAAUAGAAGACUUUGUUGCGGCUGUGAUGAAGAACUGGAGUGUCUUGAAUAGUCGUUUUUGGCAUGAACAAGACCUCGGGCCUGGUGGUAAAGAAGGCCUUAGUCGUGGGAUAUUGGAUAUCCUUUACCGAGCCGCCACUAAAACAUAUCAUUCUACGGCAAUAUUGCGAUAUCUAUUUACGGUUCAUCUUUCGGUUGCUGAAUUUGAUCUAGCUUUCCAUGCUUUCGAUUCAUACCUAGAGAUAGUUAAGAAAGGAAAGGCUCGAGUUGACAAGACCGGACAUCCGGAGCCAAGCCUGGAUGACGAUGCGACAGUCUUGGAAAUUAUUUCUCAAGCGAUCACUGCUCUCUGCAAAUAUGGCUUCGGGGACGCUGCCGAAAAAGCUCACAGCCUGGGAGUUGAAUUAGAAGGAAUAUUGCAAAAAUUGCCAGCGCCGCUUCCUAAUUCUCAGGAUAAUAUCACUACACUGGAUGAAGAGGAUGGGAAUGGUGUCAUACUACAUCCAAGAAUAUCAUCCAGGGUCUACGCUUUAUCAUGGCAGGCAAUCGGUAUCUCGCAAGCACAGUGGUCCCGAACAACUUUUGAUUCCCCCGUCCGGACAGAAUCUCAGUCAAAGGCCAUUCGAAGUUUUCAGAAAUCGUUGUCGCCAGAUAAUGGGAACCCUACGGACGUCAGAACUCUGUUCACUCUCGGUCUCUUAUUAGCUGAGCAAAGAGAGCUAGCUGCAGCCAUUGACAUUGUUAAAGCGGCGCUUAUGUCUAAUAAGAAAACCGCGGAACAGGCUGAAUCUGGGUCAUACUGGCGAGAGCGCUCACUGAUACCUUUAUGGCACCUGCUUGCACUCCUUCUAAGCGCUAGACAGGAUUUCAUAAUGGCUGCUAGGGCUUGUGAGGGAGCAUUUGAACAAUUCGAUGAUCCAACCGUUCUGUUCGGCUCACAAAAUCUACAGGGCACAUUCCGCAGCGAACACCUGAACGAGGCCGAGGCUAGGGAUGAAAAGGCCCAGGCAAAGGGGCUCGUCGACGAAAUGGACGAUCUCGAAAAAGAGGGGAUGAUUGAAGUGAAAAUGACCCAGCUUGCUCUUUUAGAACUAUUAGAAGGUCCGGAGGUUGCGGUAAAUGCAAGCCACGAAUUGUUAGUGCUGUAUGCAAGACUUUUUAGCGGCACCCAACCACCCAAAGCGCCCGCCACAACUCAAAAAGCACCAAUGGAAGUUCCCAAGAGCUCAGCCGGUACAAUCAGGACUGUGCGUGGUGGUAUCUUUGGCAGCAAGUCAGAAAAGACCCCUCCUCGCGGCUUAGCCCGAGUUGGCACAGGAGAAAGCGGCAGGGCUACUAUUGUGCCAGAGAGGCCCCAAACCACGCAGACAGCUGUUAGCGUUUCUACUACUGCUACGACAGCCCCCACUAUACAAGUUAAUGGAGAGGCUGGUGAUUCGCGGCGGUCGAGGAGGUCAUCGAGUGUUCGCUCACGACGUAGUGACUCAGGAAGACGAAAUAGUUUAAGAAAACGGGAACCGAGCGCUCAACCAAAACGAACCACUAGUAAUGCAAGCGCAUCGCAUACACCUACGAACGUGGAUGGUGAAGACUUCUACACCCCUGCAGUGGAUGGUACAGCACAGGAACGCGCAGACUUCUUCACGUGGAGUAGCAAAGGCGAGGUGGCUAGGCAACAAUCUUUUUCGAAAGGUCGUGGACUCCUCCGAUUUGAUUCUUCUGCUUCUUCAACAAGAGGAUCUGGAUCUGCUGCCGAGGGCCUCAAUACGCUCUCGGCGCCAAGCUCGCUUCCCGUGGUGCUAUUUGCGAAGGAACAGGUCAAACGACAGAGGCAGACUGUGCUUGUUAAAGUAUGGUUGAUGAUUGCCACAUUCUACCGCCGUGCCAAGAUGUAUAGUGAUGCAAAGGGAGCAAUCGAUGAGGCGGUCAGCUUGGUUGACGGCCUAGAAGGCGAGGUCGCGAAAGACACAAGCGGCUCUGUAACAUUGCGGGAUCCCGGUUGGGGCGGGAAGAAAUCUGUCGAAGAACUUUGGGGUGACGUUCAGAGUGAGCUGGGUUAUCUUGCCCUCGCCGAAAAUGCACAUGACAUAGCAAGGGACCACUUUGAGGAAGCUUUAAUGCACUACCCAGAUCACCCUUCAGCUAUUGUUGGGUUAUCUAACAUUCUUCUUGACGUCUAUAACGAGACGCUUUUGCCACCUGCCGCAAUUCCUAGCAUUACUCUACCUGAUGGGCAAUCAACCAAUAUGAUGCCAGCAAGUUCUAGCCCUCAGAGGCCCCGGGCCAGCUCUAAUAAAACAGGAGACAUCAUAGCACUACCGUCAACACCAUUGGGGCUAGGAGGUAACUCGCUAGAAUCCGAUAAGCCCGGCACCCCUCUACAUGAAACCAACGACCUUUCAGCGGAAGAGCUUCCGCCCCCCUACAAGGCCGUUUCUUUGCCUCUUGUUGAUCGACUCGCUGCCAGGGAUAGAGCUUAUGGAUUGUUGUCUGGUCUUACUAAAUUAGGCACAGGAUGGAAUUACUCAGACGCAUGGUUCGCCUUAGCUAGGGCACACGAAGACAGCGGGCAGCCAGAUAAAGCUAAAGAUGUGCUUUGGUGGUGUGUGGAGCUCGAAGAGGGAAUGGGUGCCCGCGAAUGGAAUUGUGUCAGUGCCAACGGCUACGUGCUAUAGACUACCUAAUCAGCGUCUCAAGCACCCUAAAACGGAUACGAUAAUUCCUCAUCCGAUGGACGGAGCACCCAUAGAUAUGCAGCUCGGAAGACAAAAAAUUGGCGAUUAAUGGGGGAUUUGACGGAUAUACCGGUGCGCAAAAGACUUGCUUCUGUCGCGGACGUCAUUGUUGGCUCACGCCGUAUUUUUCAGCUGUGUUAGGACGAUACCCUUAUCGGGUUCCUCGUUUCUUAAACCAGGAUUGAUACCCUCUUGUGGCGUAUUUUGUUCUUAAAAAGAAAUAUUAAUGAUUUAUAGACUCAAUUCGAAAGGUGAUCCCUGGUUACAACCAUUCACUGCUUAUCAAUGCGAGCCGCGCGAGCUCACCGUACUUAGUCUCUUCUUAUUCAUAAAUCAACGACCCGAACUUCAAUAUGAUUCAAGUACUUCGUGAUUGGCUUGGAGCAACACUGGUGGUUUCGGUGGUCAAUAAAGAAGUGGGAAUUAAUGAACGACAAGCAAAGUUUCAAACUAAAUUGGCAGAUAUUUUCUCCAUCAAGGUUUCUGGAAGAGUCGAAAAUGAUAAAUCUAGG